AUGAUCAAUUAUCCCCGAGGAAGAACGGCACUGCUGCUUCAACUCUUGCCCCAUGGACUACACUCUCAAACUGGGCCAGGAGGGAAAAAAAGGAAAAAACCAGGACCCGCUCGCCCUUCGUCGUCGGCCGCCGCGUCGCGAACGAGCAACACGCGCGGGCCAAAACAGCUCUGCCUCGGUAGGACGCCGCCCCGAGUCCCGCGGCCCGCGCAGGCCGCGCCGGAAGCACCGCGCGCUCGGCGGAAGCGCCCGGGUUUGAAAGCCGCCGCCAGGGCCCACAAAGGCCGGCCGGCCGGCCGCCCGCCCGCCCUGCCGGUCUCACCUCGGCUCCGGCCGCUCAGCUCACCGCGCCACUCCGCCGGGCUGCACUCACGCGGUCGCACGCACAGCGGGGGCGUGGCGCUGCGGGGACCCCCGCCUCUCCCGGGGGGCCGCUCGCUCGCUUCCGCCCCCGCUUCCGCGCGCCUCCCGGGUUGGGCCGUCACGGCCUACCGCCCGCCGCGUCCGCCGCGCUCUGGCCCGCUGCUGCGGCCGCUCCGCCGGCUCCCAGGUGCCCGCGGCCGGACCCCGCCUUCAUCGGGCUCACCGCGCCCUUUUCCUUUGCCCCGACCGGAAAGCCAAAACAAUUGGAGCCGCGCAGGCGCGGGAAGGAAACGGAAAACAGGAAGGGCGGAGGCGGCGCGAGGUGACGCUGGCGUCCGUGCCGGGGCUUGCCAGGGCGCGUGCGCGGAGCCGGGUCGCCGGGGCCACCCAGCUGCUGGGGCUCAGGCGUGGCCUGGCGGAAAGCGGUUCCGAACGGAAGCUGUGUGCGGCUGCAUUAGGAAUUCUGUGCUGCUGCACUUGUUUCUCCCUGAGGCGUCUCCCGGGGACACAUGUUUGCAGACUCGCCCAGGAGUGAGGGACAACGGGACUCAACAGCAGAACACCCCGGGAAGUUGAAGUUGGGGGGGAAGGAGGAUGGAGGGUCGUUUGCUGAAUGGGCUCUGUUUCCUUAGCCCCCGUCUCCAACACCCUCGGCUUUUAGAGCACGGCCAGUUUGCUAAGGCCUGGGAAAUGUUGGCAACGCAGAGAUAUACCCGCAGUGUGGGAGCGAAUGGGUGCAGAGGACAGUCUCCAGGAAUGACGCCGCCAGUCAGUCUUUACUGCAAUGCAGCGGCCACCCUCCUUGCCCCAGGUUUCAAAGCGAAGCUUAGAGCAGCAGGAAUGAUCAACAGGCUGCUAACUUCCUGUGAGCUGUCAGUGUGAGAUGGUGUCCCCAUCCUGAUUUGCGAUGUUUUCGGUUGAUGGGCUGCCACUGUUUCAACACUAGAGGGAGAUCCUAGCCGAGGUUUGACCCUACUGUACCCCUGCUGUACUGUUCAGAAUGAGCCAGAGGAAUCCUGGGAAAGGAUAAACUGUCAUGAUUCCCUCCCACCUGCCCCAGCAGUCAGAGCUGGGCAGAAUCACCAUGGACUAAUCAGUUCCAGGACCAGUGCUAUACUUGUGGUCACCAGUGCACCAUGUGCCAUCCUGAUCCACAAGCAGCACAGUACUGGAGUGAGACCAAGGUCGACAACGCCACAGGCUGCCUGAUGGUGAUGCUGAAUUAAGACUCAAAUAAGACUGCUACAACCAACCCUCAAAGAUGCUGGCUGGAAUGGAAGUCUAGUAGCCUGGGAUGAUGUGUCUUUCCCUGAUUUCAGGCAAAAAAAGAAGAAAGAAUUAAAAAAAAAACUCUGUGUUGUUGAACUAACCCUUAAGUGAUAUUAUUGAAACUAGUAGAUCAAAUGUAAGCUCUGGAUUGUUCAUGCUACUAUGCUUUUGCUCUGUCACCUUGAACUUUAACCUUCUGAAACUGUAAGUCCAAUUAAAUACUUCUUUUUAUAA